AGGCAGGCAGGCAGGCGGGGAGGUGGGAGGAGAAUUAACAGCAGGAGGAGGCGUCUGUGGCACCAGAUCCUGCUCCCCAGCCAUUGUCCUCAUUUCACGGUGGCAGCGCCGUGUCCACAAAGGGAAGUGGCCAGAUUUUCACACAACAGCCUCGCUGAGAAGAGGGAAAAUGGCAAAGUCAGAAGUAAAAACAUCUCUGCUGGACAACAUGAUUGGGGUGGGAGACAGUGUGCUUUUGGAACCUCUCACUGAAGACACAUUCUUAGAAAAUCUCAAGAAACGCUUUGAUCACUGUGAAAUAUACACUUACAUUGGAGAUGUCGUUAUAUCUGUGAACCCCUACAGACCCUUGCCCAUCUACACCCCAGCAAAAGUAGAAGAGUAUCGUAACAGAAACUUCUAUGAGCUGAGUCCUCACAUUUACGCCUUGGCGGAUGAAGCCUACAGAUCUUUACGGGACCAGGACAAGGACCAAUGUAUACUUAUUACUGGAGAAAGUGGAGCUGGCAAAACAGAGGCAAGCAAGUUGGUUAUGUCCUAUGUUGCUGCGGUGUGUGGCAAGGGAGCAGAGGUCAAUCAAGUCAAGGAACAGCUGCUACAGUCAAACCCUGUGCUGGAGGCCUUUGGAAAUGCCAAAACUGUAAGGAAUGACAAUUCAUCCAGAUUUGGAAAGUACAUGGAUAUCGAGUUUGAUUUUAAAGGCGACCCACUCGGUGGUGUUAUCAGCAACUAUCUCCUUGAGAAGUCGCGUGUUUGCAAGCAACCCAGGGGUGAGCGGAAUUUCCACAUCUUUUAUCAGCUGCUCUCAGGUGGCUCUGAUGAUUUGCUGAAACAAUUGAAACUUGAGAGGGAUUUCAACCAUUACAAUUACCUGGGCCAGGAAUCGGCAGAAGUCAAUGGGAUAGAUGAUGCUGCCAACUUCAGAACAGUAAAGAACGCCAUGCAGAUUGUCGGCUUCAUGGAUGACGAGGCAGAGUCGGUCCUAGCAGUGGUGGCUGCCGUGUUGAAGCUGGGAAACAUCGAGUUCAAGCCGGAGUCCCGAGUCAAUGGCAUGGACGAGAGCCGAAUCCAAGACAAAAAUGGGCUGAAGGAGAUCUGUGAGCUGCUUGGACAGGAUCAGGCUGUGCUGGAGAGAGCCUUCAGUUUCCGAACUGUGGAGGCAAAACAAGAGAAAGUUUCAACAACACUUAAUGUGGCCCAGGCUUACUAUGCACGUGAUGCAUUGGCCAAAAAUCUGUACAACCGAUUGUUCACUUGGCUUGUGAACAGGAUCAAUGGCAGCAUUAAGGCACAAACCAAAGUGAGAAAGAAGGUGAUGGGAGUGCUAGACAUAUAUGGCUUUGAAAUUUUUGAGAACAAUAGCUUUGAGCAGUUCAUCAUUAACUACUGCAAUGAGAAACUGCAACAAAUCUUCAUUGAACUAACUCUGAAGGAAGAACAGGAGGAAUACAUCAAAGAGGGAAUUGAAUGGACUCAUAUUGAGUACUUCAACAAUGCCAUCAUUUGUGAACUAAUCGAGAAUAAUACAAAUGGAAUCCUGGCCAUGCUUGAUGAAGAAUGUUUGCGCCCUGGCACGGUGUCAGAUGAGACCUUCCUGGAGAAGCUCAAUCAAGUCUGCGCCGUACACGAGCGUUUUGAAAGCAGGAUGAGCAAAAGUUCCCGCUUCCUCAAUGACACCUCCUUGCCUCACAACUGCUUCAGGAUCCAGCACUACGCUGGCAAGGUGAUGUACCACGUGGCAGGAUUUGUGGACAAAAACAAUGACUUGUUGUACCGCGACCUGUCCCAGGCCAUGUGGAAGACUAACCAUUCACUCGUCAAAUCCCUGUUCCCAGAGGGGAACCCGGCCAAGAUGUCCUUGAAGAGACCACCUACAGCGGGGUCACAGUUCAGGGCUUCUGUAGCAACUCUAAUGAAAAAUCUAUUGACCAAAAACCCCAACUAUAUCAGAUGCAUCAAACCAAAUGAUCAGAAAGCUCCUCUCAUAUUCUCGGAGGCUCUAGUGCGCCAUCAGAUCAACUACCUGGGCUUAAUGGAGAAUGUAUAUGUGCGACGAGCUGGAUACGCUUUCAAGCAGCCGUAUGAUCCGUGUCUGGAGAGGUACAAAAUGCUGUGUUCACAGACGUGGCCCCACUGGAGACAUGGAGCAAGGGAUGGUGUUGAAGUGCUCCUGACUGAACUUCGGAUCCCUUCUGAAGAAUUUUCAUACGGUCGAUCAAAGAUAUUUAUCCGAAACCCAAGAACGCUGUUUAAGCUGGAAGAUCAGAGAAAGCAUCGACUGCAAUAUUUGGCCACGCUUAUUCAGAAGAUCUACCGUGGAUGGAAGUGCCGUACUAACUUCUUGUUGAUGAAAAAGAGCCAGAUCAUUAUUUCCGCCUGGACCAAGAGAUAUUUUCAACAGAAGAAAUAUCUACGGCUAAAGAUGGUGACCUUGCGUAUCCAGUCAUAUAUCAGAGGAUGGAAGGCACGCAAACUCUUGCGAGAACUGAAGCACCAGAAACGUUGUGUGGAGUCGGUGACAACAAUUGCAGCCUAUUGGCGAGGAACUCAGGCCCGAAAGGAUUUGAGGCAACUGAAGGAGGCAGCGAGGCAUAAAAAUGCUAUUGCUGUUAUAUGGGCUUACUGGCUUGGAUACGAGGCACGGAGAGAAUUGAAACGCCUGAAGGAGGAGGCCAGGCGUAAACAUGCGGUUGCUGUCAUUUGGGCUUAUUGGCUUGGACUGAAGGUUCGGAGGGAAUAUCGAAAGUUCUUCCGUGCAAACGCGGGCAGGAAGAUCUAUGAAUUUACCAUUCAAAGAAUUAUGCAAAAGUAUUUUUUGGAUCUGAGGAAUAAGUUGCCGCCACUGUCCCCAACAGAGAGGUCCUGGCCAGUGAGGCCUUACCUUUUCCUGGAUGGUACACACACACAGCUGAGGAGGAUCUUCCACCUGUGGAGGUGCAAGAAAUACAGGGAUCAGUUCACAGACCAAAAGAGAACUACUUAUGAAGAGAAGCUUGAGGCAAGUGAGCUGUUCAAGGACAAGAAAGCUUUAUACACCAACAGUGUUCAACAACCCUUUCAAGGCGAUUAUCUGGAAAUCAGCAAGAACCCCAAAUACCAGAAGCUGAAUGGUGCGGUGGAAGAGAAGAUACUUCUUGCAGAUGUUGUAAACAAAAUUAACAGAGCUAAUGGCAAGGGAGCACCAAGGAUCUUCUUACUAACCAAGAGCAACUUCAUCAUUGCUGAUCAAAAGUCAGGCCAGAUCAAAUCCAACAUUCCCGUCAUGGACAUCACAAGUGUGUCCGUGAGCAAGCAGACAGAUGGACUCUUCGCUGUACACCUCAAAGAGGGUUCCACUGCAGCUUCUAAGGGUGAUUUUCUAUUCACCAGUGACCGUUUGAUUGAGAUCAUCACCAAGCUUUACCGCAUAAUAUUCUCCAAGACCAACCAGAAGAUAGCUGUUGAAAUAACCAACGAAUUUCUCGUUCAGUUCAAUCAGGAUAAAGUCUGCGUGAAGUUUAUUCAGGGGGCACAGAAGAAUGGCAACCUCCCAGCAUGCAAGAGGAAAAAUAAUCGUCUGCUAGAAGUCACAGUUCCUUAACCGCAUAUCUUGACUUUUUUUCUGGGACAAUUUAUCGCUGCACAUAUGAUUAUAUAUUUUUUUCUGUUAAGUUUUUCUUCUCCUGAGGAUGUGACCGGAUGAUAAUGAUUAAGUCAUGAAACAAUGAAGUCAAUUUAUUUUCUACUUCUAAGAUUGGUUCUCAAAACUUUUUUUUAAAAAGGGUUCCUUUCACAAAUCUCAGGGUGGUAGUUCCUCCAUCGCUUUGCAAAUAAAUGACCUGGUUGAUGUGUUGUUGUGCAGGACAGGGCAAGAAGGUCAUGGGUUAUGGAUUGAGAUCUGGGAAGAGGAAUUAUUGUUCUGGGCGGGGGGGCUGGUAUGUAGACGGAGCUGAAUGGCCCCUUAUUGUGCCAUGAUUGUCCACGAUCUGUGGUGUUAUUGCAUGGCUAGUUUACGUCAGCUUGGGCCUGAAGUAGAACACUACAUUUGGGUAUCUAAAGGGCCUGUCCCACUGUACAAGGUAAUUCAAGACAUUCUCCGAGUUCGAAUCAGGGGAACACUCGGGAGAACUCUUGAAUUACCUCGUACAGUGGGACAGGCCCUUAAGACGUCUGCUGAACUCUCGCUGCCAAAGGUUACAUGAUCCAAAAAGUCACUUGGUUGAGUCGUCAGAGAGGUGACGUUUUAAACUUGUACGAUGACCUAAGUCAGCACCUUCAGGAGAAAGGGGGAGGUAUAAAUGGGGGAGGGGGGAGGUUGGGGAUUAUUGGGUGAGAUCUCUUGAUGGGAAACAAAAAAAAAAGACAUUUAAAUGUAAAGGAGAUCUGGGGAUUUUAACCAGAUUCAUGAACUUGGACCUAAGCUAGAUGCCUAGGUAUGUGGAACAUUAUAGUUUCAGCUUUCUGCAAGGCAGAAGCUAGCAUAAAGUGGAGGAAGCAAUCUGAUUUUAAAAAAAUGAGUGGAGUAAGAAGCCACUUGGUGAUUAUAUUUCUAACGUUGCAUAUUAGAGACUGUCUCUUGGUUAAGGGUCAGGCUUUCAUUGAUCAGACUGUGUACAGGAAAACUGCUUGUUUUAAUAAGAAAUAAUUGUAUGUAAUGUGUCACAAAAAAACGCAGGUUUUAAAGUGUGUAAAGGCUAUUUAUGUUACAUUUCUGGGAGAAUUGCUCAACACAGGUCAGCAGCUGUGUAGAAAGCUGUAAAGCAUCAGGCAGGCCAAUAAAAAUCUUGCUUGGUCGCUAUGAUUUAUAGAAUUCACUUUGCACAGGCUUAAAUAAAAACACUAACAGGAAAUGAAAUGAAAUGCCAUUCCAAGUACAAAGUAACAAGUGAGGGAAAGAGAUGUAAAUAGAUUGAGGUUGGUAUGGUGAUCGUGGUCCAAUUUAAUUGUGAUAUAAUGAUGGUGUGCUAAAAUGUUAUAAUCAUAUUUUUGUAUUUAAUACCUCUUUCAAGCUCAUCCUGCCUGCAGAGUUUGUGUAUCAGACUAUGGUCAAAAUCAAAGUUCAAGCAACUGAUUUAUUAAUCUUUUAUAAAUCUGUCAAAUUUA